CUCCGUAGCAUAGUGGUAGUGCGUUCGCUUCGUAAGCGAAAGGUCGCGAGUUCGAUCCUCGCCGGGGGCUUAUAAUUGUGUUUUCAUCCCCUGUCAUUUUUUUUCUCUCUUAUUUUGCAAAUUUCUGUUUUGCAGGUACAUUAUUUCUUUCAGAAAUCUCCAAUCCAUAUUUUGUCAAUCUUGAAUUAAACAAGCAAAAACCCCUUAUCUUAAAAUGGCACUACUACCUUUAGUUCAAAAACCAAACCAACCAUUAAUCCCAUUUCCUUCUUCAAAUCCUAACAACACCUUUACCUUAAACAAAGCCAAAAACAGAACUCAAAUGUACCUCAAUUCUCACCACUUCACUAGAAGAACAAGUCUAAUUCUAGGCCCAACUUUAUUCAUUCUUCUAACUGAAAAAACUGCCAAUGCCUUUGAUUUCAGAAUCACAGCUCCAGACCAGACUCUUGAAGAAGCACAGGAUGGGAUUCAAAGCCAUGCAUUAAGUUUAUUACAAGUCAAAGAAUUAUUAGAGGAAGAGUCAUGGAAAGAAGCUCAAAAAGCUUUGAGAAAAAGCUCAGCUUUAUUAAAACAAGAUAUCUAUACUAUAAUCCAAGCUAAACCUGGUCGAGAGAGGACUGAAUUGAGGAAGAUGUAUUCCAUUUUGUUCAAUACUGUUUCAAGAAUGGAUUUUGCAGCUAGGGAUAAGGAUGUGCCACGUGUAUGGGAGUGUUAUGAUAAUAUUGUCCUAGAGCUUAACAAUAUUUUGUCAAGACUGUAGUAGUAUACAUAGUAUUGCAACUAGUUUUUAAUUGUGAGGUCUUUUUGUUUAUUUAUCAAGUUUUGUUUACUAGAUGUAUGAUAUUGAGCUACUUUUGAUCAGAAUCAUAUACGUAAUUUCUAGUUAGGGUCUUGAGGAGUCUAACUUAUAUAUACCAAUGUUGUAAGGAAAUUUUAAUAUCUAUAGGUAAUUAUCCUCCAUAAGAAGUGGAUUUGUAAUUUGAAAAUAAGAUCAAUUUUUUAUUAUAAGAGAUAAUUAAAGUGA